CUUGGAGAAAUUAUUAAAGAUAAAGCUUUUUUUACGAUUGUUACUGUUAAUGCGGUUAUAUUUUUUAGUGAAAUAACCGCGCCUUUCCAAGUGUUAACAAGUUCAAACUGCUCAGAAGCACAAAUAUUGGACUUUAAUUGUACUUCUAAUGCAGUAAGCUUUACGAGAUGUUCAGAUCAGUCAUCUGUUGAAUGGUAUUAUGGAUUUAAUAUU